AUGAACUUACAAAAAAUCACCCUCCUCCUCUUCCACCUAACACCUAUAGCCGCCAUAAGCUCCGCCCGCGUCUGGACACACUUCUACCCCAAUUGCCCCGGCGAGCCCUACACAGACCUAGAAUCCUACGAAUACCACGACCAGAUAAGCCACGAAUUCGACAUCCAAGCUGGCACCUGCCAGGCUAUCUCUGUGAAAAACCUCCAAGACCACCGCCUGCAAUACGUCGACCACGUCUCCGUCGACGCAGAGCUCUUUUGGACAGAGCCCUUCGACCAGUGCAACAUCACCGUCCAUGAGAUCCCGCACUGCAUGGAUCCGCCGUUGAUUCGGAAGGAGAUUCAUAAACGGGUAGGAGUGAGUGAGUGCAAGGAGAGACGGUUUGCACCGUUUAAUGAGGUUUGGGUUAGGUUGGAGUGUGGAGAGGUUGGGGGGAGACAUCCUUUUGCGGAGUAUUUUAGACCACCGCCCCAUGUGCAGGGUCAUGGGCCGCUGAGAAAUGUUACUAUGGGGAGGGUUGGGAGUGUUGGCGGGGUAUCGCAUUCGCGGCCAUUGGAAAAGCCCAAGAAGAGGUGGUCGAACGUGAAUUUGCCGGAGCCCGUUGGGCGGAAGUGGUUUGGCUGA